UUUUAGUUUCAUGGUGGUGGAUUGUUAAUAACACCAAGAAAGAACAGCUAAGAGGGUUCCAUCCUUACACAAAAUCUCUCCAGGGCUUCAUUGUCUCCAUCACCAUACACAAUCCCCUUGCCCAAAGUUCCUUCUUCUCUAAAAUUCAACCUCAACUUCUUGUUUUUCUCUGUUUAUUUUUAUUUAAUUCCCAAUAAAAUUUGGAAAAUUGUUGAGUAUCUGAGAUUUGAUUCAGAUUUUAAUUAUCAUUUAUUGUUCUUCCACCAGCCACAGCCAAAAUCAUCAAGAUUUGAUUUUCCACCAAUGCUUGCUGCAAAAUCGAAAAUUUCCUCAAACCCAUUUCAAAUUGGGAUCUCAAUUUCACGCGGCAUCCCAAAUUUCACGGGAUUUUUGCUUCUUUCCAUGACCAGGAUCUAGGGUUUCUACUUUCGCUCGUGAUGAAAUUAACGUUUUCGGGUUCGCUCUAUUUUGAUUCUUCUUUUUUGGAUUUGAUCUAGAAGACUAGAGCAUUUGGAAUCCUUUGAUUUCAUCUUCUGGGUCGCAAUGCUCAAGCAAUCCUUCAACAAGCUUCUCCGGAAGUCGUCGAAACCCGACCCGGACGAGUUGGCUCGGAGCGACUCGUUGCGUUCCACUGACUCGCCACGCACCGCCGGGAGAAGCCAGCGGCCGCCUGGUGGGAGUUCUUCCGCUCGAGCAAACGCCACGAAACGAGCUUCGUCGUCGGCGGUGUUCCCGGCGAGUAUGGUGUCUGGGAUAGAGCCUUUGGUGCCGUUUAAGGACGUUCCUAGUGCUGAGAAGAUGAACCUGUUUGUGAGCAAGUUGAGUCUUUGUUGUGUGACGUUUGAUUUCACUGACCCUGGUAAGAAUGUGGCGGAUAAAGAUGUAAAAAGGAAAACUUUGGUUGAACUUGUUGAUUUUGUGGCUUCUGGGUCAAUGAGAUUUAGUGAGCCUGCUAUGUUUGCUAUGUGUAGAAUGUGUGCUAUUAAUCUGUUUAGAGUUUUCCCACCUAAUUAUAGUGCUAACGGGGGCGGUGCCGGUGGUGGUGAGAAUGAUGAUGAUGACCCAAUGUUUGAUCCUUCAUGGCCACAUUUACAACUUGUGUAUGAAUUGCUGCUUAAAUUUAUCUCGUCUUCGUGCCUUGAUGCUAAGUUAGCGAAGAAGUAUAUCGAUCAUUCGUUUAUUUCCAGAUUGCUUGAAUUGUUUGAAUCGGAGGAUCCUAGAGAAAGAGAUUGCUUGAAGACAAUUCUGCAUAGGAUUUAUGGGAAGUUCAUGGUGCAUAGGCCCUUCAUUCGCAAAUCUAUUAACAACAUAUUUUAUCGAUUUGUGAUUGAGACUGAGAGACACAAUGGGAUUGGUGAGCUGUUGGAGAUUUUUGGGAGUGUGAUUAGUGGGUUUGCUUUACCCUUGAAAGAGGAGCACAAAAUCUUCUUGUGGAGAGUUUUGAUCCCCUUGCACAAGCCUAAAUCUAUGGGGGUCUACUUUCAGCAAUUGUCCUUCUGUGUUACGCAGUUUAUAGAAAAGGAGCCAAAGUUAGCAAGCGUUGUGAUAAGUGGUUUGUUAAAAUAUUGGCCAGUAACAAAUAGCCAGAAAGAGGUGAUGUUUCUGGGUGAACUGGAAGAAAUUUUAGAAUCAAUUAACAUGGUAGAGUUCCAGAGGAUCAUGGUCCAGUUGUUUUGGCGGAUUGGGUGCUGCAUUAACAGCUUGCACUUUCAGGUAGCUGAAAGGGCCCUUUUCUUAUGGAACAACGACCACAUUGUCAACUUGAUUGCGCAUAACCGUCAAGUUAUCCUGCCCAUCAUAUUUCCAGCUCUAGAUAGGAAUAUUCAAAGCCACUGGAACCCAGCAGUUGUCAACUUAACUCAUAAUAUUAGAAAAAUGUUCUUGGAGAUGGAUGAGAAGCUCUUCAUUUCUUGCCAUUCUAACUACAAGGAGGAAGAAGUGCUUUUAAGCUCAGCAGCCGAGAAGCGAAAGGAGGCAUGGAAACUUCUUGAGCAUGCUGCAAGUCUCAAGCCUGUAAUUGGAAAUACUGCUGUUUUAGUGACUCCUUUGAUGACCUGAAUUGCAUGCUGGAUUCCAAAUACACUUUCUCUUGCCUCCUCUUGCUGUGGUGGGAAACCUCAAGAAAUGUGCAGUGGCGUUUUGCUUUUUAGAUCCUAUGUUCUUGUGGUGCUUCUGGCAGCCAGAUGUAGUGACAUUGUUUUGAUUGCCACUUUGUGGUUCACAAUUUGCCUCAUGAUUAAUGUUGAGAAGAACCAUGCAGUGGAUCAAACGAUUUUCUUUAUAAGCUUAUUACCAAUAUCUUCCCA